UGCUAGUUUGAUUCUCGGUUUACAAUAAGCGAUAUUCAAUGGCAAACGAAAAAACAGGGAGAAAGUUGAUGCUGUUGAGGUGGAGCCGCUGGAACUCCAAACCAUUACUGAAAGUAUCGAGAAACAAAUGGAUCACAUCAGACGAUCCUUUGGAAGUUGAGGACGGCGAUGUGGAUGUUGUCCGAAUGGAAGUUGUACGUCAAAUGGGGCUAAUAGGCCGCCUAGUUGCUGAAAAACAGCCAAACGUCAAAUCCAUGAAGAUUGCUCUUGCAAAGGCAUGGAAUCUCAAAAAGACCUUCCAGAUUACAAAUCUGGGGGAUAUGUUGUUCGCUUUUCAAUUCAUUGAGCAGGAUGAUAAAAACAAGGUGUGCUUUGGUGGCCCUUGGCCCUAUGAAAACAACCCUCUUAACCUCUUAAGAACCAUGUGGGACACUUAUAUGAGACUAAGGGUGAGCAUAUCCAUUAACAACCCUCUUAAGAAGAAAAUCAAGUUAAACAUAGGAGGGAGAUUGGUGGAGUACCUGGUGAAGUACGAAAAACUUCCUAUCUUCUAUUACUCGUGCGGCAGGAUAGGACAUCCGAAGCUGAGAUGCCCCAAACCAUCUGGGCUAAAUCCUGAUCCGUUUGGUAUGGAACUGAGAGCGGGUCCGCAGGGCCCUCGAAACUGGCUGUCACAUACAACCAAAAAAGAGGAUGUUGAAUUUUGGCAAAGUUGAGGAGGAAAUUCGACAUGGAGACUUGGAGAGCAUAGGGUCUAACUCAGAUAAGGAAAUGCCUCAUGCAGAAGAAGUAGCUGUGCAACAGAAUACAACCCAGUUAGAGAAUGAUGCUGAAUUGGAAAAAAAUAAGCCAGCAGAAGACAAUCAGAAAGAAGAGCAAAAGAUACUCAAAGAUGGGAAAGCACAGUUAGAAAAACAGGUGAAUACCUCCCUCUCCCAAAACCCCAGCUUAGGACGUUUUGGUCUAGGAGAAGCCCUGCAAAGUUUUGUGAUGGGUGCGAGUGGUGUAAUACCAGGAAAACAAAAUAUAGGCGGGGUGUGGAGAAGGCAGGAACAAGUCAAAAACAUACCCACAGAGCCAACCCAGAUCACCCCGCAAAAAAGGCUUGCAAAAGAG